AUGCUGCGAUCUGCUGCUGCCCGAGCCGUCAGGGCUGUGCGCCCCCGGCUGUCUGCUCGAUACAUGGCCACCACCGCUCUGCCCCAGGACCCCAUCCCCUCCGGAGCUCUGGGCCAGAAGGUGCCUCACGUCGAUGAGAGCCACCAGGACCUGCUGUUCCGAACCUCUCACAUGGUGGAGGAUCUCGAGACCUACGACGAGGACUCCCCUAUCAACACGUCGGACGCCAACACCCGAAUCCGAGCCUUCACCAUCAACUUUGGUCCCCAGCAUCCCGCUGCCCACGGUGUGCUGCGUCUGAUUCUGGAGCUGUCUGGAGAGGAAAUCAUUCGAUCGGACCCCCACGUCGGUCUGCUGCACCGAGGAACCGAGAAGCUCAUUGAGUACAAGACUUACAUGCAGGCGCUGCCAUACUUUGAUCGUCUGGAUUACGUGUCCAUGAUGACCAACGAGCAGGUUUUCUCUCUGGCUGUCGAGAAGCUGCUCAACGUGGAGGUGCCCCUGCGAGGCAAGUACAUCCGAACCAUGUUCGGAGAGAUCACCCGAGUGCUCAACCAUCUCAUGUCCGUGUGUUCACACGCCAUGGAUGUCGGUGCUCUGACCCCCUUCCUUUGGGGUUUUGAGGAGCGAGAAAAGCUUAUGGAGUUCUACGAGCGAGUCUCUGGAGCCCGUCUGCACGCCGCGUACGUGCGACCUGGAGGAGUCUCCCAGGACCUGCCCGCCGGCCUGCUGGACGAUAUUUACAUGUGGGCUACACAGUUCGGUGACCGUCUGGACGAAAUCGAGGAGCUGCUGACCGAUAACCGAAUUUGGAAGCUACGAACCGUCAACAUUGGAACCGUGACCGCCCAGGACGCCUUGAACCUUGGUCUUUCCGGCCCCAUGCUGCGAGGAUCCGGUAUCCCCUUUGACAUUCGAAAGAACGCCCCCUACGACGCAUACGACAAGGUCGACUUCGACGUCCCCGUCGGCAUGAACGGAGAUUGUUACGACCGAUACCUGAUUCGAAUGGCCGAGUUCCGACAGUCGCUGCGAAUCAUCGAGCAGUGCUGCAACGACAUGCCUGCCGGCGCCGUUAAGGUGGAGGACUUCAAGAUUAACUCGCCUCCUAGAAACCUCAUGAAGGAGGAUAUGGAGGCCCUGAUCCACCACUUCCUGCUCUACACAAAGGGAUACUCUGUUCCUCCCGGAGAGACCUACACCGCCAUCGAGGCCCCCAAGGGAGAGAUGGGUGUCUACGUCGUCUCCGACGGUAGUGAGCGACCAUACAAGUGCAAGAUCCGAGCCCCCGGAUUUGCCCAUCUCGGAGCCUUUGAUCACAUUGCCCGAGGACAUUUCCUUCCCGACGCCGUGGCCAUUAUUGGUACCAUGGAUCUUGUGUUUGGAGAGGUUGAUCGAUAG